AAAAAAUGGCUAUUAAUAAUGGCAUGGUCGUUCAUUUUAGAGUCAACUGUGAAUUUGUAUUUUAAGGGUAUUGAUAAUGAUAAGUAUAAGAUGGUCUACAACAGCUGAUGAAACAGGAUUAUUUUUUUUUGGAUGUCUUAUUGUAAUGUUUUAUUGUAUGCUUCAUAUGAAUCUGUAUACAGUUAAAUUAAUUUUACCAAAAAAGUAAAAAAGUAUCUAAAAUUGAAGUUUGAUUGUUGAUAUUAGUUGGUAUUUAGUUUAUGCAAUGUCUGGUAUAAUGGUGAUGUAAUUGAUAAUGACAAUGAAUGGAUGGGUGAAUGUAGCAGUUGUUUUAGGAUGCACAAUAGGAUAUUCAAUAUAGGAAUCUUGGUCAUAAAUUUAUGAAAAAGAAAAUUAAGCUCCUCCUGGAGGUUGUGAAUUUUGUAAUUGA